AUGCUUUACGUUUCGUCGACAAUCCUUCCCAGCUGUCUGGUGGUUGUUGAUCGAUUCGACGAAAUGCCGCGGCACGAUGUUUGUAAACAGUUUGGAGCGGGCGGAACACGAAUCACCUCGUUUUCUCGGGUUUUCACAAUGUGCGGAAUAUUUUGCUACCUUUGUGCUAACAACAAUACUUCAGACGGGGAACUGGCACUGGAAACGUGCAGGGACCGUCUCAAGAAUCGUGGCCCCAAUCACGAUGCUAUCCUGUGGUACGAAUCAAGAGUGCUCUUUUAUGGAUCCGUGCUGUGGCACCAGGGCGUAUCGUUAUGUCCCCAGCCCAUUGAUACAGAUGAAACGGUGCUCAUCUUCAAUGGCGACAUUUUCCAGACCAGGGAAGAUAUGCAAGAGAGUGACACACGUUGGCUUCUCCACGGCAUUGAACGAUGUGCUGACGAAAACGCUGUUUUGAAACUGUUGGUCAGCUGGCGCGGUCCAUUUAGUAUAGUUUUUCUAAGAAAGCGCGAAAACCGAAUUUAUUUUGCGCGUGAUGCGAUCGGUCGAAACUCGUUGCUUCUUGGACUUGUUGCAGAUAGUGGAGAUAUUUUUAUCUCAAGCGUUGGAGGACCUUUUGCUUCCAGCGUCGUGCACGAACUACCCCCAAAUGGGCUUUACUUUAUCGAUUUGAAGCGAAUGAAUGAGCCCAGCUGCGUCACCCUGCUGCCAUGGACAGACGACGAUUGUACGCAGAUAGAGCAGAUGUUUGGUAAUGCACUAACAAUUCAAUUAAAAAAUGAGCUUGUAAUCCCGCAACAACAAAGUACUGUACAGCAAAAUUUCAAUUUCCACCAACUGCUGACUGCUGCCGAUGCAUCACCGCCGGAAGAAGGCCCUUUCGAAACACUGUUAAAGUGCGCUGCUGUUAACAGUACGUGCAAUCAACUACUUUCCAUUCUGCGUAAAUCAAUCCAGGAGCGUAUUACAAACACCACACCGUUUUGCAAGCUGUGCGUAGCAAGUCAAUCGCCAUGUGCGCAUCCAAAGGUGGGAAUUUUGUUUUCAGGUGGAAUCGAUUGCACGAUCCUAGCACUGUUAGCGGAUGAAUUUGUACCCGAACCCGUUCCGAUCGAGCUGUUGAAUGUGGCCUUUGAAAAGGUGAACCGCGCAAAUGUACAACGCUCACAAAUUGAUUGGAACGUGCCGGAUAGAUUGACCGGACUAUCUACGCUAGAGGAACUGCAACGCAUUAAACCCAAUCGAAAAUGGAAUUUUGUAGAGAUAAACAUCUCUCGGCACGAGUUAAAUGAACAAAGGAAAACGAUUUCUAAUCUCGUGUUCCCGUUGCGAAAUGUGUUGGAUGAAUCGUUGGGUGCUGCCCUUUGGUUUGCUUCAAAGGGUGUUGGAGUGAAAGGUGGCGAACCGUACACGAGCACUAGCCGGGUACUAUUAUUAGGCUCGGGUGCCGAUGAACUAUUCGGCGGAUACACAAGACACAAAACAGCGUUCGAUCGAACCCUUCGGCUGCAUCAAGAGAAAGGUUUGACCGCACACAUGGACGACGCUUUCCUUAAAGCUUACGAAGCGUUAGAGGAAGAGCUGAAUUUGGACUGGCGGCGCUUGCCAAGCCGAAAUUUGGCACGUGAUGAUAGGGUAAUCAGCGACAAUGGAGUCACACCCAGGACUCCGUAUCUGCAGGAAGAUUUCAUCGCGUUGGUACGUUCCUUGAAAGCGUCCCAGCGCUGUUACCAUCCCUUGGGACCGGGGAUUGGGGACAAGCUCGUACUACGCUUAUGUGCCUACAAACUUGGGCUAACGCAAGCAAGCGUGUUAAGAAAGCGUGCUUUACAAUUCGGCUCCAGAAUAGCCGAUCGAAAGCAGAAUGCAACGGAUCGGUCUGCAUACUUGGAAGACUAAUGGAAAACAAUGGAAAUUAUUUUAUCAUAUUUGGGAUUUUU